AUUGGAAGAGACAUCCACCCAUCCGCUCGCCCUCGCACGCCAAGGCGGGGAGGGGGAGACAUUCGCACCCCCCUCCUCCCGCCCCAGAGGAGCUGAAAAGGCCACAAGAAAUCACGAAGUAAAAACUUUGGACAGCUGCCACUGGAGAUGUUGCCCCCAAAUCUGGAAUCUUUCAGGAGUCACCUCCCCGUCGGUGGAGGUUUGGGGAGCAGCUGAUACAGCCAAGGAGGGCUCUUGCGAGGAUUCAAGUUCCAGAGCCCCGGAAGAGCGGCACGGAGGGGGAGAGCGUGGCGAGAGAAUGAAGACACCAAUCGCCUGGGAGAAGCAUGAGGCGGCAGUGUGGCUCUCGGUUUAGAGGGCUUCGGCCGGCCGCCGCCCCAUGGGCAGCCUUGCUGGCACUGGGCCUGCCGGGCUGGGUGCUGGCUGCCUCGGCCACAGUGGCUGCUGUGGUCCCCGAGCAGCAUGUGUCCUCGGCCGGCCAGACCCCGCUGGACUGGCUGCUCACAGACCGAGGCCCCUUCCACCGCGCUCAGGAGUAUGCCGACUUCAUGGAGCGCUACCGCCAGGGUUUCACCACCAGGUACAGGAUCUACAGGGAGUUUGCUCGCUGGAAAGUGAACAACUUGGCUCUGGAAAGGAAGGACUUCUUCAGUUUGCCUUUGCCUCUCGCCCCAGAAUUUAUCCGGAACAUCCGUCUCCUUGGCAGGAGACCCAACUUGCAACAGGUUACUGAGAACCUGAUCAAAAAGUACGGCACUCAUUUCCUGCUUUCUGCCACCCUUGGAGGAGAAGAGUCCUUGACCAUUUUUGUGGACAAGCGGAAACUGAGCAGAAAGACAGAGUCCACGGGUGGUGUCUCUGCCGUGGGAGGCAGUGGGAACAGCUCUGCUGUGUCCUUGGAGACCCUGCACCAGCUAGCAGCUUCCUACUUCAUCGACAGAGAGAGCACUCUGCGCCGGUUACAUCACAUCCAGAUAGCCACAGGGGCCAUAAAGGUCACAGAGACCAGGACCGGUCCUCUGGGCUGUAGCAACUAUGACAAUCUGGACUCAGUCAGCUCUGUCUUGGUGCAGAGUCCAGAGAACAAAGUGCAGCUACUAGGUCUGCAGGUGCUGCUGCCUGAGUACCUGCGUGAGCGCUUUGUGGCUGCAGCUCUCAGCUACAUCACAUGCAGCUCUGAGGGUGAGCUAGUCUGCAAGGAGAAUGACUGCUGGUGCAAGUGCAGCCCCACUUUCCCAGAAUGCAACUGUCCAGAUGCUGACAUCCAGGCCAUGGAAGACAGUUUAUUACAAAUCCAGGACUCCUGGGCUACUCACAACGAGCAGUUUGAAGAGUCAGAAGAGUUCCAGGCCCUGCUGAAAAGGCUCCCUGGUGACCGGUUCCUGAACUCCACUGCCAUUUCUCAAUUUUGGGCUAUGGACACUAACCUGCAGCACCGCUACCAGCAGCUGGGAGCCAGUUUGAAAGUGCUGUUCAAGAAGACCCAUCGGAUCAUCCGUCGGCUCUUCAACCUCUGCAAGCGCUGCCAUCGCCAGCCUCGCUUCCGUCUGCCCAAGGAGAGGUCCUUGUCCUACUGGUGGAAUCGAAUCCAGUCUCUCCUGUACUGUGGAGAAAGCACCUUCCCUGGCACCUUCCUGGAGCAGAGCCACAGCUGCACCUGUCCCUAUGACCAGUCUUCCUGCCAGGGCCCCAUCCCAUGUGCCUUGGGGGAAGGGCCUGCAUGUGCCCACUGUGCUUCAGACAAUAGCACACGCUGUGGAAGCUGCAACUCAGGCUAUGUGUUGGCCCAGGGGCUGUGCCGGCCCGAAGUGGCUGAGUCCUUGGAGAACUUUCUUGGACUGGAAACAGACCUGCAGGACCUGGAGUUGAAGUACCUGUUGCAGAAGCGGGAUAGCCGCAUUGAGGUGCACUCAAUCUUUAUCAGCAACGACAUGCGUCUGGGCAGCUGGUUUGACCCUUCCUGGAGGAAGCGCAUGCUGCUCACCCUGAAGAGCAACAAGUACAAGCCAGGGCUGGUGCACGUGAUGUUGGCCUUGUCUUUGCAGAUCUGCCUCACCAAGAACAGCACCUUGGAGCCUGUCAUGGCCAUCUAUGUGAACCCUUUUGGGGGCAGCCACUCUGAGAGUUGGUUCAUGCCUGUGAAUGAAGGCAACUUUCCUGACUGGGAGAGGACUAACGUAGAUGCGGCUGCCCAGUGUCAAAAUUGGACAAUAACGCUGGGGAACCGGUGGAAGACAUUCUUUGAGACAGUCCAUGUUUACCUGCGGAGCCGAAUCAAGUCCCUGGAUGACAGCUCCAAUGAGACAAUCUACUAUGAGCCCCUGGAGAUGACAGAUCCCUCCAAGAAUUUAGGCUAUAUGAAAAUCAAUACCUUGCAGGUCUUUGGCUACAGCCUUCCCUUUGACCCUGAUGCCAUCCGGGACUUAAUUCUCCAGUUGGACUAUCCAUAUACUCAAGGUUCCCAGGACUCUGCGCUUUUACAGCUUAUUGAGCUUAGAGACCGGGUGAACCAGCUUUCUCCACCUGGCAAAGUCAGGCUUGACCUUUUCUCCUGCUUACUCCGGCAUCGGCUCAAGCUGGCCAACAAUGAGGUGGGCAGGAUCCAGUCCUCCCUGAGGGCCUUCAAUUCCAAACUGCCAAAUCCUGUGGAGUAUGAGACUGGCAAACUCUGUAGCUAAUGGAAGACCUACCCCAGUGCUUAGGCAGAGAGUGGAUCUACACCUCCAGGGUGCGAAGAUAAUCCAAGCCCUCACCUUAGUGCCAACAGGGUGUUCCCAUGAGUCUCUCAGCACCCAGAUGAUGGGACCUCAAGGCUUGGACUGAAGCAGAUCAGAGAGAAAGAAGCAGCCACUGCAUAUGUGCACCUGCGCACACACUCACACACAUGUGCACAUGCACGCACACACACACACACGUAUACACUCACAGGGAGGCUACAACUCAACAGCCUCAGUUCUGUAAAGUCGGUGCUUUCUACAAUGAAUGCAAUGGAAGCCAGGGAGACUUAAGGAAAAGAACCAGCCAAAUCUUGAAAGAAACAAAAAUUCCUUCAAAGUGAUACUUGUCAUCUGAGAAAGCAGAAGGGGACAAAGAUGGGAUGGGUGGGGGUUCUUCCUCUUGCUCUGUGGAGUCACUUUUGUAUUCUUUUUAAUCAGAUUUCUUAAAAUGUUGUU